AUGUGCUUGCCCAAGACCGAGCUGGUGGCAGCGACAGUCAUGCUCGAUAAAGAGCACCCGAUUUUUCCGGCAGUCGACCCAAAGGACAAAAAUUCAUACAUCCUUGGCGAGAUCGGUACUCACAAGAUUGUCAUCGCAUGUCUGCCAUCUCAAGCAACAGGCAAGGUUUCAGCGGCCACCGUUGCUAACGACAUGCUCCGCAGUUUUCCAUCCCCGGACCGGUUGUUCAAAUCAAAUGUUGUUCAUGUGGACAAAAAGAAGUCGUGCAAAAUAUGUUGUGGACCGGACAACGUCAAUCUUGUCAAGCGAAAUCUACGCAAUGGAGCCGAUCCUCAUAUUCAUAACGGGACCAUUGGCUCUGCGGACGACGUGAUGAGGGACGCCAUCUUGCCGGAUAAGUGGGCCCGCGAGGGAAAUAUUAUUUGUUUUGAGAUGGAGGCUGCAGGUCAUUUUGGCACACUACGCUAG